AUGAAGGGAGGUGCAGUUUUAGUGAGUUUGUUUAUGUUGGUAGUGCAACUAGGAGAAGCGAUAAAUUGUGGUGAAGUUGGUGGAGCAGUAGCUCCUUGUGUGCCUUAUUUGACACAAGGUGGAGAUCCAUCAGGUUCAUGUUGUGAUGGUGUGAAAAAAGUUGUACAACUAACGCCAACACAACAAGACAGGGAAGAUGCUUGUGAAUGUAUGAAAGCUGCUGCAGCUCGUUACUCUAAUCUUAAACCAGAUGCUGCAUCUAAUCUCCCUUCACGCUGUGGUGUUACUACUGCUAUACCAAUAAUCUCUCCUACUACUAACUGCAAAAGCGUUCCUUGA